UUAUUUGGUAUGGUACAAUCGUCGUCUCCUCUCUCUCUCUAUCUUCCUCUCGGUCUAGAAUCCUGGUUGCUGUUAACAACUCCGAAGGGGCCUCAUACGAGCUCAGGGUUGCAGUACCCUCGUGCUCUCUCUCUCUCUCUCGCCGGACCGCCGUUGAAUCGCUAAACGACGGCGGUGUUUUCGUUCAACGAUCUUGUCUCUUCCGUCGCUUCUGUUCCUCUUCUAAUGCCCUUCGUUUUCUCUUCUUGCUUUGCUCGCCGCUAAUUCCAGAGCCGAGUAUCCUCGCUCUGACUAAUUCAAGCAUUCCAUGGCGCUUUCUUGAUCAAUUCGUCCGAGAAUACUCGGUUAAAAUAACUCAAUAUAGUGUUUCAAGUUCUGGAUACAAGACCGUAGCUACUUCUAAGGAAUAAGGGAUUGUUCUGUUUAUUGCUGGGAGUCAAAUGGAACUGAAAGUUUCAUAUCCUAAGCCAGACAUUUCUUCCUCUGAGUAUGUUAGUGAUCCGGAGGAAAAGGAUAUUAGUGAUGAUGAAGAUGAUGAUCGCAACCAUAAGCAUAGGAGGCGGGAGACACACUCUCAGUCUUUGGAAACGGAUACACGUGAACAUGAUUUGAGGCCAUAUGGAAAGCGCAGUAAACCUUUUGAAAAUGGACGUAGUUUUAGGGACAACGAUUCUCAAGCGAAUGAAGCUUGGAAAUCCUUCAAUUCUUCCACUCUUGAGAAAGACAUCCCUGGGAAAUUUGAUAAAAGACGCCUAGGUGGAGUGCCAGGUUCUCGAGUGGCUGGGGAUUUCAAUCAAAGGAUCAGGGCAAACCAGGCGUUUUCUAGUGACCUAAGUUUUGGUAGGGGAAGAGGCAGGGAGUCUGCCCCUUGGAACCAGUUUGAUUCAAGGUUUAGUCCUGUUGAUAUUGCUUCCCAAAUUGUUCACCAUGGGCCUUUUCCUCCUAGGCUAUUUGCUGGAAGGGGUUUACCAAGUGUUUCUACUUCACAAACUGCACCAUGGAAUACAUUUGGAUUGAUACCAGGAAUUCCGAAUGGUGGGCUAGAACCGAUGCACUCUAUUGGUUUUCAGGGAACACUUAGGCCUCCGAUCAACCCUCCUCUGAACAUUGGCAUGCCUCGUCAGAGAUGUAGAGAUUUUGAGGAACGAGGAUUCUGUCUUAGAGGAGACAUGUGUCCAAUGGAGCAUGGAACUAAUCGCAUUGUAGUUGAGGAUGUCCAGAGUCUUUCUCAAUUUAAUCUUCCGCUGUCGCUUCCAAAUGCACAAUUAAUGGGGAAAACUACUGGAUCUCUGCCAACAGUUAGCACAUCUUCCACGACAGUAAUGUGUGGCAAAGGGUUACUUGGAAAAAAUACCAAGCCUGGUGUAGGAGAUGAUUCAUUGGCCUUCCAUGGUGUAUAUUCAGGUUCUGGUAAUGCAGCUGAAGCUGACUUGUACGAUCCUGAUCAACCUCUAUGGAACAACAACUGUCCUGAGAAACAAAAUGCACUCUCGGGUAUGCAUUCAUCAAAGAUUGAUGAAGUUGAAACCUUGGUAGGAGAUGAUCCUUCUGAUAGGAAUCAGGUUAGGAAAUGUGAUGCUGCUGAUAAUGGAUGCACUAGUAGAAUUACUGUAACUAGUGGUCAACAGGUUACUAGUUCGUUUGCCGGGGGUAGAGGUGGGUCUAGAAAUAGACAUGAUAUGAAAGGUAAACUUGAUACAGUUGUAAGUUCCUCUGGCUAUCAUGAGAAUGAAGUGAAGGAACACAAUGAAGUUUUGACUAGUGUCCAAGGAAAUUCCCAUCAAGAAAAGCACAUGGCUCAGGAUGAUGCUCGCACGAAAGCUGGAGAUUCAUCUCUCAAGGCACAUAGUGAUGCCAUGCAUACUUUGCGGAAACCUUCUCAGAAAGCAAUGCGUACUUUAUUUGUCAAUGGGAUUCCACAACAGAGUAACAAUACAGAGGCACUUCUUUCUCAUUUUAAAAAAUAUGGUGAGGUCAUUGACAUCUAUAUUCCAGCAAAUAGCCAACGAGCUUUUGUCCAGUUCUCAAAAAGGGAAGAGGCAGAAGCUGCUCUAAAGUCACCUGAUGCUGUUAUGGGCAAUCGUUUUAUCAAACUUUGGUGGGCUAAUCGUGACAGCAUUCCUGAUGAUGGUGUAAGCAGUAAUAAUGGUAUUCAUGUACUUCCACAUCAUAUUGCAGCUGCUUCACUUCCUUCUAUUGCUGUCAAAGGAAAGAACUGUGUCCAGGUUUCCACUUCAAAAGGCGGCAUUUCCCAUCCAUUGGAAUCUUCUUUAGCUGCUCCAGAUAACUCUCAUGCUUUCAAUAGCCCGAAGAAACCUCCUUUGCAAAAGAAAUUAGAGAAUCUGGAACAGUUAAAGGAGCAACUCCGGAAGAAGCAAGAUAUGCUAGACAUGAAGCGGAAUGAUUUUAGACGCCAGUUAGAUAAACUUGAAAAACAGACCUCAGGAAGCAAAGCCGAUGCAAUCACUGGGUUCUCUGCAAAGCGGCUUAAAGUGGGAGUAGAAGCUGACUCUAGUAAGCUUGUUUCUCCAAAAGCCAGCGAAUCAAGUAUUCCUUUGGCGUCACCACAUACUGAAGUUAAUGGGGAGAAUGUUGAGCACACCACAUGUACUGUACAAGAGGAAUCCUCAAAGUUUGAGCCUGUUCAUCCCUUGGCACCCGAAGCACCUUUUGACAUUGGAUUUAGAAUUCUUCCUCCUUUACCAGCCGAAUUUGCCAAUGAGAAUGUGAUAAAGGAGCAUUUCUCAGCCUUCGGUAACGUUCGUACCAUCGAACUUGUUUCGGAAAAUUGCAGCAGCAUUUCAAAUGCAUCCAAUACCUACUCGGCUAAUGUCACCUUUUUAACCCGCCAUUCAGCUGAACGGGCAUUUGAAAAUGGCAAAUGUAGGCAAGGUCAAGACCUGAAAUUUGUAUGGCUAUCUAGUGGCAAAGACCCUGAUGACAAGUCUUCGGAGGCAUCUCGAGAUGUCGACAUGGAGCCUAAAAAGGAAUCAGAAAUCAUCCUCUUUAUAGAAACCUUAAGAGACAGAGAAUCCGAGAAUUCAACACGAGACAGUUGUGUCGAGCCUUCAGAAACAGGUAAAGUUUCCCCAGUGAUUGAAAGAGACAUGAAUUGAAGCAUUUUUAUGGUUUAAGGCGUUUUUUUUUUUCGAGCAUUUUUCAUACCGAGUUAAAAUGUAAAAUUAAUGGAGUUUUUUUCCUUUUCUGUUCCUUUUUUAUUUAGUUCAGGAAAACUUGUUUAGCAAAUGUGAAAAAUUGUUUUCCAUUUUCAACCUCCUCUUACUACAUUCAUGUAUAAAGAAAAGGAGUCUCUAAUUCUCCAGACUAGUUGAAUCAAA